AUGCGGUAUAUCAACUACUAUUUCGUUUACUACUUCGUAACAGUUCAUUCGACAGGACUAUCAACAAAAUACUGCGACCUUCAAUCCAAUGAUAUAACAAAGCAGUGUUUCGUGAAAGAGACUUUGGCAUCACUACCACACAGUCCAAAUCAGCUUGCAGUUGACAGAUCCUCCAAUAUUCUAUACUUCAGCUUCGACAUCGGCCAGGGAGAAUACAUACCAGCAACUUUAAGGAUUGACACGAAAAAAGUGACUGUAUUAAAAGGAGUCAAAGACGCGUUUGCUGUGGCUGCGAAUACUGCAACUGGAGAUAUCUACUUCGGUGGAAGUCAUGGUAUAUAUAAAUACAAUCGUCUCAUUAAAGUCUUAAAGAGACUUUCUGUUAGCAAUUUAGACAUAUGGUGGUUGUUCAUCAAGAAUUAUGUAUAUUUCAUUAAAUUUCCGAGUCUCAGCGCUUUCUACUAUCAAAACAAGGCUUUGAAACCUGUACCCCAACUGAAGAGUACUACCGUUCAUCAAUUCGUAAUUGAUAAAGAUGAUAACACAAUUUUUAUUAAUGGCACCGGAUUAUUUAGUAUCAAGAAUGAUAGUAACAUCGCUACAUUACUAAAAAAUAGUCCCAAAUUUUUUGGAAUGAGCAUAAACAGUGAAGGCCACGUAUAUGUUUGUAGUGAAGAUGGAAUCUUCGUCAUAAGUGAAAUGUUUCAGAAAGUAAAGAGAAUUAUAAAUAUACAAGGAGUGUUAGGGUUUACCUUCGAUAAACAUAAUAACAUAAUAUAUACAGAUUCGCACGAACUAAUAAGACUAUUACCUGUUAAUAAUAACAGUGCUAUUAGAAAUUUAUUAUAA